AUGUUCCUGGAUCCCAGAUUCAAAUUGUAUUUUGAAGAUCAGUAUGUAGCUGACACUACAAAACAAAGAAUCAUAGAAAUGAUUACAACAAUUAUAAAUAAAGAGGAUCGAAAUAAUCCCCAAAUUCAAAACGAAGAGCAGCAGCUAUCAGAUCAAGCAGCAAAUCCUCCACCUCAGCUUCAAAUUAAUUUAGUAUGGCAGCAUUAUGCCGAAAAAAUGAAAAAUAUACAACCUAAGGGCACGGCAACUUCUCGAGCGAUUUUGGAAGUGCAAAGAUAUUUGGACGAUAAAGUUGUGUUGCCGUGUGAGAAUAUAUCAUCACUAGAGUGGUGGAAAAAGCGGAAGGAUGUAUACCCGCAUUUGUAUGCCCUAGCACUCAAAAAGUUAAAUGCAAUGGCCACGAGUGUCCCCUGUGAAAGAUUAUUUUCCUCCUGUGGAUUGUUACUUAAUGACAGGAGAACGAGGUUAGGGACUCGAAAAGUUCAACAAUUAAUGUUUUUAAAUCAAAAUUCAUGA